ACUGGGUCUGGGCUCCUUUCGGCCUUCUUGUCAGCCAAAUGAAAAUGGGGAGACAAUUCUCCAAAUUCCCAGCUGUCCUUGGCCAUGCAGGCUGGGGAUUCUGGGUAAAAAGAAUGGCGUAUUCCAUUUCGUCACAAAAUAUUGUAGCCAUUUCCGAUCUUCACCCAAGCCUUGCUCAUCCUAGUAUAAUUGGUGUGGUGAUUGGGAAAACAGAUGCCAAAGGCUUUCCGGACAGAAAAAAUAUUGGAUCAGAACGAUAUACUUUUUGUUUUACCAUUCGUGAUUCCCCAUCAUGGUUCAUAAAUGUGAAUUCCUGGGGAAGAGAGGACUAUAUUAAAUCACUUUCAGAAACCUUUAGACUUGGUGAUUGUGUCAUAAUUGAAAAUCCUCUAGUACAGACAAAAGAGGUAGAAAAAGAAGAAAAGUUCAACCCUACUACAACAAGCAGUUACAAACUAUUGCUUAGUGAGAAUCAUUCUGUGGUCAGAAUCUACGAAGCAGACACCGGACUGCUGUCUCUGUUACAUCUACCUGUAAAGAACCCUCAAGAUUUUUACUCAUUGGGGGAUAUUGUGGCCAAUGGACAAAGCCUGGAUGGGAAAAUAAUCAAUGUUCUUGCUGCUGUUAAAUCGGUUGGUGAACCAAAAUAUUUUGCUACUUCAGACAGGCGUAAAGGCCACAGGUGUGAAGUAAGGCUGUACGAUGACAGCGAGUCUUCCUUUACAAUGAUAUGCUGGGACAAUGAAUCUAUCCAGUUUGCACAGAGCUGGGUACCCCAAGAAACAGUAAUAUUUGCAUCUGAUAUAAGAAUAAACUUUGACAAAUUUAGAAACCGUAUGAUUGCAACUGUAAUCUCAAAGACCAUCAUUACUAUUAACCCUGAUACAGCGGAAGCCAAUAUUUUAUUCAAAUUUAUAAGACAAAGUCCAGAAAUGUUAGACUUGGAUGAUGAAAUGAUAGAUCAGUGGAGAUCAGACUCCAUAAAUUUGCAGACAAUAGUUGAUGUUUAUACAGUGGAACAAUUAAAGAUGAAAACUUUGCAAAAUGAAGGAAAACCAGAACCAUUUUAUGGCAUUAUUUUUGCCUACAUUUCUACAUUGAAUAUUGAUAAUGAAGCAAGUAAAGUAAUACGAAACAGGUGUGUUAAAUGCCACUAUGUUAUCAAUGAAAAGACAAAUACAUGUUCUUUUUGUAGCAGCACUAACUCCUUAGAUGCUGACACUGUGCCAAUGUUUGCCAGCUUUGAUUUACUAGUUGACCUAACUGACCAUACAGGAACUCUUCACUUUUGCAGUCUCUCAGAUACAAUAGCCGAAGAAACUUUAGGUCACACGGUCCAAGAAUUUCAAGCUCUGACAGAGACACAAAAGACAACAUUAAAAUGGCAAUUCCUUCUAGAAAGAAGCAAAAUUUACUUUAAGGUUAUUUUUUCUACCACAGCACGAACUGGGCUAAGAGUGAAACUGCUUUCUUGCAAGCUAGCAGAUCCAGUGGAGGCUUGCCAAAACUUGCCUGAAAAAGGAAAAUAACUGCAUUAUGCAUCUUUAGA